UAGUGGAGAAAGCUCCUGCCUGCAGACAGAAAGUGGAGCGGCUUAGAGACCCACACUGCCUGCUUCUAGCGGAGAAGAGCUGACCAUGAACCAACGGCUGGAAGCUGAAGCUGGACAAAUUCAAAUUAGACAGUAGGCCCAUGUUCCCAACAGUGAGGGGACAGACCAUGGGCAAAAAUGACUCAGGGAAGUGGGGGAUUCCCAUCAUCUCUCUGGAAGAUGCUUUAGUCAAACACAAAUUACUGGACUCAUGCCAGAAGUGAGGUCAGCCCCAAGUGGCAGCUCACCCAGCCUCUGAGGUAACUUGGCAACCUGUGCUAUACAGGAGGUCAGACUCAGUGAUCCUUUCUGGCCUUAGAUGCUGUGAAAUCACAAUAGCACCCAGCAGCCCCAGCUGAGACCAGGGCUCCAUUGUGCUGCACUAAUGCAUUGCGAGAACCAGCCCCUGUCCCAGUGAAACAAAAUAGACAAAAGCUGGGAGAAAGGAAGGAUUCUUAUCCUCAUUUUACAGAUGGGAAACUGAGGCCCAGAGAGACUCAGGGUCAGAUUUUGAGGUGCCUAAAGAGGCAGGUGGGCACCUUCUACAUCUUUAGGUGCCUACAUCUCUUUGUAAGUCUGUGCUCUGUGGUUUGACCAGGGUCAUGCAAGGAGCCUGUUGCAGAGCUGGGAAGGGAUCCAGGCCAGUACCUUGACCACCUAUCCUCUGAGUCAGUCCCUUGUGUUCAGCCUAUCUCAGAGAGACAGACAAUCCCUCAUCCUACGAGGACGGGGCUCCCAUGGGGAGUUAGGGGUUAAUGCAGCUCAGGCCCUUCUGACUUCCUCUGCCCCCUUUGUGGGGAAGAAUGAGGGCGGCUGGCCUGCAUGGGGAGCAGCAUCUCACCCAUUCAUGCUGUUCAUCUGCCCAUCCCCUAGGCCGCCAGCUCUCCUCUACACCUCUGGAAAUCCUGCUCUUCCUCAAUGGAUGGUAUUAUGCCACUUAUUUCCUCCUGGAGAUCUUCAUAUUCAUCUAUAAAGGGCUGCUGUUACCAUACCCCUCUGCCAACCUGGCCCUGGAUCUGGUCAUGCUCUUCCUCUACCUUGGCAUUGAAGUCACUCGGAUAUUUUUUGGGUGGACUCGUACUAAGGCUCCAUCCAGGCUGUUCUGGGCCAGACAAGGCUACGCAUUGCCCCAGCGCCUGGGACCAAGGCCACACAUUCCCUCCCUCCACAGUUGGUCUGAUGGCAGCAUCUCAGCCCCUUGGAGCAGAGCUAGACCCAGCCACAGCCUCAUUCCACAUCAGCCCCUCCUGGGCAGGACGCCACCCCUGGUGUGCCCAGCGACUUGGAGACAGACUGUAACUCGCAUCCCAGACCUGGCGCCUCAUGAAGGGGGAAGAGAGGCUACUGGGAGCUGUCAUGGAUCCCAUUCUGGCCCCUACAGCCAGGGCUUAGAUUUUGUCCAAGCCCACACACACAAGGCCAGGUGGCCCCUGGCCCAGACCACACCCCCAGGGAUCAUGCCUGCACCAGCUAUGUCCUCCCAUUUCAGCAUGGGGGCGGAGGGGCAGACACCCAGGGCUGUAAGUAUUAAUAAGCUCCUGUCUAUCGCAUGUGAGAAGUGACUGAUUGGGAGGUGCUUGCGCCCGCUCCCCCAGAUUCAGUGUUAUUUGCUGUAGCAGUGACUCGUGGCACUUUUUUCCCUCCUCUUGCAUCCUCCGAAUUAAUACUAUUUUCCAAUAAAUAUUUAUUUUUCUGCUA